UUACGUUUUACUGCUUAAGUUUUUCUAUGUGCCACCAGCUUAACUCUUACUGGAAGCCACAUAUUGAAGGAAGGAAGGAAGGAAGAAAAAACUUAUUCUAGACGUACUUUAUGACCAAGUAACCUAACCUAAUCUAACGGCAAGUUUUGGAAGGAACCGAGGAAGCUGCGAAUUGAUGAAAGUAUAGAAUAGAAAGACAGUUUACACUUGGUUAAAACAUGAAUAAGACGCCAGUUUCUAUCCUUCAAGAGAUGAUGGUGAAAAAGGGGUCAGUACCAAAUUAUGAGUUGAUACAUGACGGCGGGGGCACUCAUAUAAACACUUUUACAUACCAAGUAACAUGUGAUGGCUUUACCGCGACUGGUACAGGUCGUUGUAAGAAAGAUGCUAAACAUGAAGCUGCUAAUGCUAUGUUAGCAAGAAUUGCCGCACACAGAAACUAUCCACAGUUGCCAGCAUCGCCUGCUAAGUCCCCUGUUAGAACACCAUUGCCUGAUCCGUUACCAGUAUCUCCAAGAAUACCAGCAAAUACACCUUUUGUUAAUACAAUAGGUGCUUUGCAGGAUCUUUGUGCUGAGAAUAACUUGCAGGAACCUGAAUAUAUACCUGUUAGUGAUGUUGGACCACCACAUGCAAGAGUUUUUACUAUUCGGUGUGUAGUAUCCAAUUUUACUGAAGAUGGAGUAGGAACGACAAAAAAACAAGCAAAACAUGUAGCUGCAAAAAAAAUGGUUGAUAAGAUAAAUAAUCUUAUCAUGGAUAAAUUAAAAAACUUUAGUAUAGAUAAUUUUCAAGGCAGUGAGAGUGAUGAAGAUAUUAAAUUAUCAAAUGAAAUUGUAAAAUCAAAGUAUUGUAAACUAAGAAAAUUUACUGCACCAAGAAAGAUUAAUUUAGGUGUUAAGUUAGCAGAGUAUCAUACUAUAAUGAGAGAUAACAUAGAUACUGAUUUACGCUGUAAAAUAUUAGAAGAAUUGCGUAAUUUAAUUCCUAACAAUUUGAAACUGACUGAUGAAGUAAUAAUAGAAAAGUUUUCUAAGUUGGAGGAUUUAUUGUCAGAGGUUAAUAUUGCAAUUAUUAUGCAGGAUGUCCAAUUUUCAGAGUCGGAUAGUUGCUCAAAAGUUCUACAGCUUGACACAUGUCCCCCAAUUACACAGAUUGGCAUAGGAAAAACUGAGUUGGAAGCUGCAUUUAAAGCAUUAUCAUAUAUGAUAAGCACUUUAAAAGUACUUUUGUCAUAAGAAAUAUUGUUAACAUGUGAUUGAGACAUAUAGUAUUAGAUUUGUUACUUUUAUAAGUUUUUAAAGAUUUGCUCUAUGCAUUAAUAAUUUAUGAGUUUCCAACAUGAAGCAUGUAAUUCAUUAAAAUGAAAUUUUUUUUUUAAGAUUUUAUCAUAUAUAGUUGAUUUAUUUUUUUAAUUUCAGAAUGUGCGAAAGGAAUUUAUGGAAUUUAAUUGUACAUUAUGAUGUGUCUCUUUUAUCUACAGAUACGUACUACGCUAGUCUUUUGUUUUAAAAAAUGUUUAAGUUAGAAAUAAUGUAUACCUUGCAGAGUAUAGUAAGGCAGUAAUAUUGAAUUACUAAAAUAUAGUUCAAAAUUUUGGGAGAUAUAUGUUAAUUUAAACAUGAAAAAAGUUUCAAAUAUUUUAGUUUUUGAUAAACUUUCCAUAGUUUUAUUUUUACAAAACUUUAAUCAUCUAGAAGGUUGUGACGAUUCUUAUUGGCUUACAUAUUAUAUGAUCACUAGAAUAAAAAUCGUUAAUUGUUAAA